GCGCGGGCGGCCGCGGUGGGCGGCAGGCGAGGCUGCGGUGCCGGCGCGGGUGCCCCCUUCCUCCUGCCCUCGCCCGCUCCAGGCGACCCGCUGAGAGAUGGACUUGGCAGGCGUGCUGCUGGCGCUGCUCCUCGUGCUGGUGCUGGUCGUCUCUCUGCUCUCCAACCUCCUGGUGCUGCUAUGCUUCGUCUACAGUACGGAGAUCCGCAAGCAGGUCGCCGGGGUUUUCCUGGUGAACUUAUCUUUCUGCAACCUGCUUCUCACCGUUCUGAACAUGCCUUUUACCCUGCUGGGCAUCCUGAGGAACCAGCAACCCCUCGGGGGCUGCGUCUGCAAGGCGGUGGGUUUCCUGGAAACUUUCCUGACUUCCAACACAAUGCUGAGCAUGGCAGCGCUCAGCAUCGACAAAUGGAUUGCCGUGGUGUUCCCCCUGAGCUACACCAGCAAGAUGCGGUAUAAGGACGCUGUGAUACUGAUGGGCUACUCGUGGCUCCACUCCCUCACGUUCCCCUUGGUAUCCUUGUUUUACUCGUGGGUAGAUUACAACAGCGUUUAUGCCUCUUGCACCUUACACCUGAAGGAAGAGACUGAGAGGAGAAGGUUUACAGUGUUCACCAUUGUCUUUCACUCCACCAGUUUCAUGCUGUCUCUGGUGAUCUUGUGUUUCACCUAUUUAAAGGUGUUGAAAGUUGCCCGGUUCCACUGCAAGCGGAUAGACAUUAUUACCAUGCAGACUCUGGUUUUGCUGGUGGAUAUCCACCCCAGUGUGAAGCAGCGCUGUCUCAACGAGCAGAAAAGGAGGAGGCAGCGGGCUACCAAGAAAAUCAGUAUUUUUAUAGGGUCGUUCGUGAUCUGUUUUGGUCCUUACAUUAUCACCAGGUUGAUAGAGCUCAUUCCUUUUGUUACCAUAAAUUACUACUGGGGAAUUAUAAGCAAGUGCCUCACCUACAGUAAGGCUGCAUCAGAUCCGUUUGUUUACUCACUUUUACGUCAACAGUACAAAAAAGUUUUGAUCAACAUCGUCAACAGGAUACUGAAGAGGGACCUGUAUCCCUCAUCAGGGUACAACAGCUCUCUCGACACUGAAAAUGAUUACUGCUUGCACAGAACAAACUGACAACAGGAAAGCACUGCCCUUCCAGGGAGACAGGUGUUUGCUGCUGCUGGAAAACUGCCUUUCUCCUCUCCUGCUGACAGUGUGACAGUGUCUCCAGGGUGUGAAGGCUGCAUUAAUGUGACAAAUUGCAUCGUGGACUUUCAUAAAAAGGCUCUUCCCUGGUCUGCAGCCAAGCACAAUUCAUGGCAAAGCCUUGUCCCCAGUGAACAGAGUUGCCUUGAGGGGUUUUGAGAGAGCCUUUCGAGGCUUUCAAGGAGCUUAGACAGCUCUUAAUGUUUCAUGUGUGAAGACUUGGUAUGUCUUGGAGUGUUCCAUAUCAAACAUGACAUUCCAGUGUCUUCUGGGAGCACAGGAAUCCCCACAUUGGAAGGACUGGUUCAGAGUCCUCCUCUGGGAGCACAGGAAUCCCCACGCUGGAAGGACAGGUUCAGAGUCCUCUGUGCUGCACAUGCAGCCCAGGAUGUGCUGUUGGUUUCGAAUAUCAAAAAUAGAUAUUUUAAUUGAUUGAUUUAUUGUAUUGGUGCCUCAAGUGAGUCAGCACUUUGAAUCUGAGAUUGGUAUUAUUAUUACUAUUAUUUAUUACUAGGCAUCAUGAUUGUAACAUAGCCUUUAGGAAGUGGUACAUAUAUAUAUAUUUGAUAUGCCAGUAUUCUAUCAAGCAUAACCAAAGUCCACAUAUCUGAGUUACUAAUAUUUAGCACUUCAGUGGUAUGUGAUUACAAUAAUUGCAGCAACAGUAACAAAGACAUGUAUGGAAUUUAGUUAAAUAGCACUGUAGUUCCACCACUGAGCUAGUAGUCCUAUUCAAGCAAGCUUUUUAUUCAGAAAAAAAAAUCAGUAGAAGUUACAGAUACCAUUGUGUUUAAGAUAUAUUACUUCAGAAGCUAUCUGUUUUCAAAGGAAAAACUAAAAUAUAUUAAUUCUUUUUAAAGGAUAUAUAAUGUGUAAAAUAUCUCAUGCAUUGGCUAUAUAUGGUGGAUUGUCAUAAUACUGUACAAUCUUUUCUUUAAUAAUGAUCAAUUAAUCUGGUGAUUUUAACUGAAAACAAGAGAUGUCAGAAAUAUUAUAAAAGACCUGCUGCCAAAUGCCCAGAAACAUAAAGCUGCUUUGCUUUCAUAUGUAUUUUUCUCUUUUAUUUCUUUUUAAAUUUAAACAGGUUUUGGAAAAAAUGUGGGAAUUAUUUUUGAACAAUAUUCUUUUGAUUAUGUAAACAUUUAUUAAAAUUUAAGAAUUCUAUGGCAUUCAAUAAACUACUAUUUUCUAAUUGAGUACAUAAGGGAGAAAGUAAAGCAAUUCUAAAGUAUAUUUUAAGAAAAAUAGAAAGAAAGAUGUCAGUAAAGUACUCUUAUUUUUUAUGUAACAAUGCACUUGACCCUAUAAAGCAUCGAGAAGGCUAUUUCUGGUCAAACUAAGCAUAUGUGAUUAGG